AACUCUUGGCACAUUAUUUUCCUUUUCACUUGUUAUUUGAGACUAAAAUUUGUAAGGUUUGACUUUUUCUUUAUAAUGCAGAGGGCAAGAAAUAUAAUAUUUGCUAUGCAGCCUGCUCCAAUACAGAUUUCCUACAUGAAAAAUCUUGAUGUGUUGGACCCAAGCUGCCAACCCAAAAGAUCCACUUAUGGUUUACCAGAGGACAAAUUUAUUUUUGUAUCUUCCAACCAGCUUCACAAGACGGAUCUUGAUAUUUUCAGUACAUGCUGCAAUACCUUAAACGAGUACCAAACAGAUGCUCUUUGGCUUCUCAGAUUCCAGCUGCUGGCGAGAUGA